GGUGAGCGGCAAGGAACGGAACCACAAGUUGCGGGCCGGUGCUGACAUGUUCUGCAGGAUGCAACAGAGCCAGGCAGUCAGACUGCGUGCGGGACUCGAGCGGUGUGGCAGAGCAGCGGCGUGAAAGUGCAGAAAGAGUGAGACAGCGAGAGAAAUAAAGAAAGAUAGAAAGAAAGAAAGAACGAAAGAGAGGAGGCACGGAGCAAUGGAGAUGGAGGAAAGCUUUGAUGCAGAGGGCAGUUUAGAUGAUGCCUCCUGUCUGUCCCCUCAGAGCCCAGGGUUCACCUCCCCGGCCAGGAGGCAGAAUAAGGAAAAGGAGAUCAAGGAGACCAAAAUCACAAUCAACUGCGUCACCUUCCCUGUGCCCGCGUCUGCGCUGGAGCAGCAGCUUCUCAAGCCCAAUGAAUGGAGCUACUGUGACUAUUUCUGGGCUGAUAAGAGGGACCCUCAGGGGGCCACGGUGUCAGGGUUCGAGGUGCUGCUGCAGAAACAACUGAAGGGGAAGCAGAUGCAGAAAGAGAUGGCAGAGUUCAUCAGAGAAAGGAUAAAAAUCGAAGAGGAAUAUGCCAAGAACCUUUCCAAACUCUCCAUGUUCCCGAUGGCAGCACAAGAGGAAGGGACUCUUGGAGAAGCUUGGGCCCAACUUAAGAAGAGUCUAGCUGAUGAAGCUGAGGUCCAUCUCAAGUUCUCCUCAAAGCUCCAGAGUGAAGUCGAGAAGCCUUUACUGACCUUCAGAGGAGACAACUUUAAAAAAGACAUGAAGAAAUACGACCACCACAUCGCUGACCUGAGGAAGCAGCUGGUCAGCCGUUAUGCUGCUGUGGAGAAGGCACGGAAGGCUCUAGCAGACAGACAGAAGGAUCUUGAGGUGAAAACACAGCAGCUUGAGAUCAAAUUGAGCAACAAAACAGAGGAGGAUAUUAAAAAAGCCAGACGGAAAUCCACACAAGCAGGUGAUGAUCUGAUGCGUUGUGUGGACCUUUACAAUCAGGCUCAGUCAAAGUGGUUUGAGGAGAUGGUCACCACAAGCCUGGAGUUGGAGAGGUUGGAGUUGGAGCGGGUAGAGACGAUACAGCAGCUUCUGCGUCAGUACACCACACUGCGGCAUGAGACGGAUAUGUUCAACCAAAGUACGAUGGAGCCAGUGGAACAGCUUCUGCAGAGUGUGGAUCCUGCCAAAGACAGAGAGCUCUGGGAAAAGGAACACAAGACGGGGGAUCUGAGACCUGUGGACAUGGACAUCUAGACAAAACACACACACACACACACACAUUAUACUAUAUGAAUCUACCUGCAUGCCUGUCUACCUGAGUACUUCAACCUCUCAGCCAAAGCCAUACAGGUAUCACCCCUUGAAGCACUGCUUGUUUUGUGGAUUUCCACUGAAAAUAUUAGAUAAUUACAAAAUUACACAAAGCUUUAUAGAAGAUUUUCUUAAUGUCAUGUGGAAUGAGUGACGGGAAAGGACAGCAGCACAGCAGACGCAUUAUGAUACUGAGUAGCCAUCCAUAUAAUCCUUCAUGUGCUUUGAAUAAUAUGCUACUUAAGACUUCCCGGUAUGUCAAUUACAUUAACAUGAUUCAAGUAGUAAAGGCACAAUUGAUAUAGAUCUGAACAAAUACUGUACAGUAAAAGACCUCUUUGUUCAUUUGCCGCAGUGGACUCCUGUUAAACAAACUUAAUCCAAUCAGUUUUUUUUUAAUCUUUUUGGUGUUGAAACAGUGUACACACAUUGAACUACACAGCUAGUUUGUAGAUCUUUAUAGUUGCCUGGACUAAAGCGUGAGUCAAACGUUUGAACACAUGUAAGCAGACAGCUUCAGGAUGCCAUUAUAGGUGUUCAAAGACCUCAAAAAUGAUUAAUCCUUAGCAGAAAUAACCAGCAUCAAAGUUACGGGGUGGGGUGGGUGGGGGGAGUUAAAGCAUAUCAUCGUUUAGUAGUUAUAUUGUUAAAUCUGUAUUGUAUUUUUUUUUUUUAAGUUUUGUUUUUGCAACAAGGAAUGCAGUGGAAAGUUUUUAAUGCUAUUUUCACAAACUCCACAUAAACUGCUGGUGAAUCUACAGCCUUCCUUAUGAGAGAGGGAUCAGGUUGCAUUGGUUAAGUAUGGGAUUGAUAUAUUUUCAUAUUUUUGCAGAUUUAUUUUACAGAAAAGCAUGUUUUAUCUAAAUGUAGGACUAGUUGUGUAUGGUUAAUGGAUGUGUAAGUUGAGUGGUGGUUAGUCCAUUGAUUGUGUUCAUGAAAGAUGUGUCAACUAGCCAGGACUCGAUAGCAAAGUCAUAUAAUUUUUUCCAGUUGAAGCCAAGAAAUCCCCUUAUGCAGCCAGAUUUACUCUGUUGGCGUCUAAAUUUCUUCUUAAUGGUGAAAUUAUGUGGUUUGGCUGUAGAAUCCGGGUGUCAAUCAAAGGUGGAUCAGAUGUGAAUUCUAAUGAUUUGUGUUAUAAUG